CGUUGCUUUAAAAAUAAUCCCUAACACACCAGUUACCCAAAAUCUUCUCUCCCGACUCCCGUAAUCCGUUAAGCGAACUGCGAAACCCGCCCCACUGACGACACAGCCAUUGUGCCACACGUAAAUCGCCAUUCCCUUUUCUGUUGCCAUCGCUACGUUUCCCGCCAAUCACAGCCCCACCCUCCGACGGGCACAGCCUUAUCCGAAGUCUGAACUCAGCAGCAGGCCAACAACAUCGCUUCUCUGUUGACCAUCGCUACCUACUUUGUCCACCAGUCACAGUCCCACCGAUCGACGACACAGUCACGUCGGAAGUCUGAACUCAGCAGUCAGCAGCAAGAAACUUUGUUUAAAUGGGUGGGAAACAACAUUGGUCAAAUCAACAGCUAAAAUGCUUAUUAGAAACAUGCAUUGAAGAAGUGAACAAAGUUGGUAGAAAAGGUUUAAGCUUGCAUAAAGAUUCGUGGAAUAAAUUAAGGAGCGUUCUUAAAGAAAAGUAUGGCAUGGACUUGACACACAAGCAAAUGAAAAAUGCAUAUGAUAACCUUAAAGCCAAAUACAGAGGAUGGGUAUAUUUGAGAAACAAAACUGGAAAUAUAUACAACCCUCAAACAAACACUUUUACUUUAACCACCGAAGAAUGGGAAGAAUUUAAGAAGGGGCAUCCAAAGGCUGCAUCACUGAAAACACACCCAUUGCCUUAUCCAGACCUCUGUGUAACCCUAUUUGGACCCUCUUCUUUUCAUCGUGUCCAAACACUUGAUAUUGCAUACAAACCUAAUUAUGACCUAGAAGAUGAUGAUGACAUUUUCUGUGAGACUAGUGAUCCUUCUGCUGAUUCACCUCUUUGUGUUGCACCUGAUGCAGCUCCUAAUACUUCUUCUAAGGUUGAUAGGCCUCCCUGUGCUUCUGCUGAUUCACCUCUCAGUGUCUCCCUUGAUCCAACUCCCGAUACUUCUUCUAAAGUUGAUAGGCCAAGUAAAAGGGCUAAAACCUCAAAUUCUUCUAUCAAUCUUGAUGAUUUGGCACUAGAUAUGGAAAAAGCUCUACGUCAUUUGGUGAAAGGCAAGGAUGGGCCAACAGUUGAGGAAUGUUAUGAUAGGUUGAAGCUAGUUGAGUUAGACCCUCUUGAUCCUUUAUUUUUAGCUGCUUUUUAUAUUUUCGGAGUGUCUAUAAAUAUGAGAGAAGCAUGGAUGACAUUGCCAGCGAUUCCUCAGGUUUUAAAAGGAUGGAUUAAGAUGACUGCUACGGGUUUAGGAGUAUUUAAGUAGGGAUUAUGUGCUUAGUUGGAAUUUUUUUUUUUUUUUUUUUUGCUUAUGUUGG